AUGUUCAGCGGCAAUUUCUUCAAGAGGAUCACGCAAGCUUUAAUCGGAAGAAUGACACUGCCUGAGACAACAAAGGCAUCGACAUCGGCCAUGCAGGGACGAUUGGUUUGGAUAGAUUGUGAAAUGACAGGUCUUGAGCCGGAAGUUCAAACACUCGUCGAAGUCGCAGUCAUUGUCACCGAUCAGGAUUUGAAUAUAGUGGCCGAAGGUCCGGAUAUUGUCAUUCAUCAAACGGAAGAAGUCCUCGACAAUAUGAAUCCGUGGUGUAAGAAGACAUUUGCGAAAAAUGGUUUACUACAAAAGAUUCGAGACAGCAAAAUUUCAAUGGAAGAAGCCGAAGCACAGGUACUGUCUUUUCUUGAACCCUUAGUGGAAAAGGGAGUUUCUCCGAUUGCAGGAAACACGGUAUGGAUGGAUCGAGUCUUCAUCAAAAAAUACAUGCCCCGAUUGGACGCACAUCUCCAUUACCGAGCGCUCGAUGUUUCAACGCUUAAAGAGAUUUCACUGCGUUGGUACCCAGAAGAAUUGAAGUUAGCGCCGAAGAAAAAGGGAUUGCAUAGAGCCCUCGAUGACAUCAAAGAAUCGAUAACCGAGCUCAAAUUCUACAAAGAAAACAUCUUUAAACAAAAG